GAUAAUAUAUGUUGAAUGGUGUUAGCUGUGAGCAGGGGUUGACACAGAAUGAUCUAUCUUUUGGCUUGGUAGGAUAAUUUGAUAUCUUGCCUUCAUUUCUAUGUUAGAGCCAGAGGCGAUUGCGGUCUCAUGGACAGGAGCAGAGCGAUAUUGUGGCCGAGGAUCAAAUGCAUAAUCAGAUUUGGACUCUUGACUGUAAGUGUGAAAUGUGAAUAAAUCUUCAUGAUUAAAUUGAAUUUAUGUCAUUUUAAUUCGGGUUUUAAAUAUAAUUUACCAUUAUGAUAUACCUUUAUAUCAUUACAAGAUAAUAGUAAGAAUAUAUUAAAAUUAAUAUUUAGAAUUUGAACUUCAGAAUUUUCAUACUCAUGUUGGUUCAGGAGUAAUAUAUUAUAUCUUGGUUUAUGAUAUUUUAUUAUGUGUAUUCUAUUUUUAAUAUGCUUAUUUAUGAGAUAUCGAUUCGUUAACAAUUUAAUAACUAUUAACCCAUAAAAUGUGAAUCGGUCACUAGUUGCUACAUCGAUUUAUACCCUGGUUCGAUUCUGAAAACAUUGGUGAGAAUUAUAUCGAGAAUUUAAAAUAAAGUUAAAAAAUAAGAACUGGAAACAAAGUUGCUUCCAUUUGCUACUCUGAUUGGGUCAAACAAGCUACAUGUAAAAGUAAUAUAGAAAAUUGCAAUCUACAAUGGGAAAAAAUGUCAAAAGGAAAACAAAACCACACAUGUUCUGUAAGGUCGGAUUAAUAUUCGAAAAUGCUAGUAGUGGAGAAUCACAUCCCUUGGCACUUCGGUUGGGGGGAAAAAGGAUUUGGUUCUUUUUUCUGUGGCUUUAAGAAGGGAGGAUCCAAGAAAGGACCAGUAAGAGCCUUCCAACAUCGAGAAAAGACGAGCAAAACAGUCCGUGCAAAUUGCAGAACAUCUCAAGUGGGCCGCCGGUUUUAUUUGAUUCUCGAACACAUUCCUUCCUUUUUUUCUUUUCUUUCUAAACUUCUACAUUCAAUGAUCAGCAGAUGCUCUGCCAUUGCAGCUGCCCCUGCCUCCUAAUCUGCGUUACGGAAGGAAGGGUGUGCGCUCCUCUGUGGUGUCAACAAAAGUAUAUAUUCGGUUAUGGAAACACGAAGACAACCGCCCCGAGAAGGAGGAUCGAGGGCGAUGUGCCUAGACAGAAAGAAGGCCUCCGCCAUGGGCGGUUGGACACAGUACAAGAGCACCAGCAGUAAUAACGAAGGAGCAAACCAGAGUGGACGGCGGAGAAGACGUGACAGGCUGGCUGAGCUGUGCAAGAAGAUAGUCCAACAUUUGAUUCGAGGAGAAAAUGGCAGCGGCAUGGUGACAGAGCCGUAUCAGUCGCUGAACAGCAAGCCGUCGCCUUUGCAGCUGCAGAGGGGCAGCUAUGCAGCGGCAGCGACGAGGAAGCGAGCUCUGCUCAUCGGGGUCACGUACAAGAGCUGGAAGCACAGGCUGAAAGGAACCAUCAAUGAUGUCAGGAACAUGAGGUCGUUGUUGAUUCAUCAGUUUGGUUUCGCCGCUGAAAACAUACUCGUUCUCACAGAAGAGGAGGAGGCAGAACUGCGACCAACAAAGCUGAACAUAAAAAGGAGCCUAGAAUGGCUAGUGAAGGGAUGCAGGUCAGGGGACUCGCUGGUGUUCUAUUUCUCCGGCCACGGAGUCCGACGGCCAGACUUCGACCACGAUGAGCAGGACGGGUUCGACGAGACCAUUUGCCCAGCAGAUUUUAUGGAAGCCGGGUUGAUUUCCGACAACGAUAUCAACGAAGCCAUUGUGUGGCCACUGAAGAACGGUGUCACUCUUCACGCCAUCGUUGAUUCUUGCCACAGCGGGACCAUUCUCGAUCUUGCCUUUCUCUACAACAAUGAUCGGAGAAAGUGGGAAGACAAUCACCCUCCGUCUGGUGUCAGGAAACACACGGACGGUGGAUUGGCUAUCUGCAUAAGCGCCUGCGAAGACAGCGAAUUAGCAGUGGAUACCUCGGCUUUUGGGAAGGGAAUGAGUGGAGCCAUGACAUAUAUACUGGUGGAGGUGGUGAAGCAAUUCCCAAGCCCGACGUAUGGCGAUCUGAUGGAGUUGAUCCACGAGGCCCUGGCUGAGGUUAACAACAGCGGAUGCUUCUUAUCGCGCGCCUUCAGGUCUAUGUUGCAUAACAAGAUAUUGCAGAAGCCGUUGCUGUCAGCUUCCCGACCAUUUGAUGUCGGCACCAAACACUUUAUUUUGUGAAUCUAUCCUACUAAUUGAAGAACUAUAUAUACCAAAGCAACAUCCUAUAUGUAUUUGUCAUUUCUUACAUGUAUGGAUUCAAUGUGCCGAAUUGGGGCAUGUUUUAGGCCGGACGAGAACCAUUAGUGCGUAUGUGAAUCUGUAUUUGCUGCCCGCUCAAUUAUUAUUUAAUUGGUGAAUGAUUACACUGCAACGAUAGAAAGGCGACACUAUGAUUCGUGUUCCUGUUAGGACUUCUUGUUCUGUUCUUUCUUUGGUCCUUGACAUUGCUGUUUUUUCCCCUCCUUUCCCUUUUGUAGUGUGGACAGGUUGUAGUUCUUUUCUCUUCUUUGGUGAUCACUGCUUGUGAUGCCGAGACUUUAGUCCUUUUUUUUUUCCAUAAAUGUUACAAAAAUAAAGUCUUUUCACGCUG